AUGAAGAAGUUCUCUCGGAUGCCCAAGUCGGAGGGCAGCGGCGGCGGGGCGGCGGCUGGCGGGGCCGCGGGCGCCGGGCUCGGCGGCGGCUUCGCAAGCUCGUCCAUGGGGGUCCGCGUGUUCGCCGUCGGCCGCUACCAGGUCACCCUGGAGGAGUCGCUGGCCGAAGGUGGAUUCUCCACUGUUUUCCUGGUGCGGACUCACAGUGGAAUCCGAUGCGCACUGAAGCGAAUGUUUGUCAAUAACACAUCUGACCUCAACAUUUGUAAAAGGGAAAUCACAAUUAUGAAAGAGCUAUCUGGCCACAAAAAUAUUGUUGGUUAUUUGGACUGUGCUGUCAAUUCAAUUGGUGAUAAUGUAUGGGAAGUGCUUAUCUUAAUGGAAUAUUGUAGAGCUGGGCAGGUUGUGAACCAGAUGAACAAGAAGCUACAGACAGGCUUUACCGAGUCAGAAGUCCUACAAAUCUUUUGUGAUACCUGUGAAGCUGUUGCACGGUUGCAUCAAUGUAAGACUCCCAUAAUCCACCGGGAUCUGAAGGUAGAAAAUAUUUUGCUAAACGAUGCUGGAAAUUAUGUGCUUUGUGACUUUGGCAGUGCCACUAAUAAAUUUCUCAAUCCUCAAAAAGAUGGAGUUAAUGUAGUAGAAGAAGAAAUUAAAAAAUACACGACUCUGUCAUAUAGAGCCCCAGAAAUGAUCAACCUUUAUGGAGGGAAACCAAUCACCACCAAGGCUGAUAUCUGGGCCCUGGGGUGUUUACUGUAUAAACUGUGUUUCUUCGCUCUUCCUUUUGGAGAGAGUCAGGUUGCUAUCUGUGACGGCAGCUUCACCAUCCCAGACAAUUCCCGCUACUCCCAUAAUGUACACUGCUUGAUUAGAUUCAUGCUUGAACUGGACCCGGAGCACAGACCUGACAUAUUUCAAGUGUCCUACUUUGCAUUUAAAUUUGCCAAAAAGGAUUGUCCAGUCUCCAACAUCAAUAAUUCUUUUCUUCCAUCAGCUCUUCCCGAACCGAUGACUGCUACUGAAGCCGCUGCUAGGAGAAGCCAGAUGAAGGCCAGAAUAACAGAUACCAUUGGACCAACAGAAACCUCAAUUGCACCAAGACAAAGACCAAAGGCCAAUUCCACCAGUGCUGCUUCCAGUGUGCUGACCAUUCAGAGUUCAGCAACGCCUGUUAAAGUCCCCGCUCCUCCCCAGGAAUUCAGUAACCACAAACCCAAAGGAGCAUUGAGACCUGGAAGUGGGUCUGAAGUCUUAAUGGUUCAGGGCCCCCCUCAGCAACCACCACAGCAGCAUAGAGUCCUCCAGCAGUUACAGCAGGGAGACUGGAGAUUGCAGCAACUCCCUUUGCAUCGUCAUCCUCACCAGCAGCAGCAGCAGCAGCAGCAACAGCAGCAGCAACAGCAGCAGCAACUACUUCAAAAUGCUUAUUUGCAGCAGUAUCAGCAUGCAAUGCACCAGCAGCAGAUACUUCAGCAACAGUUUUUAAUGCACUCAGUGUAUCAGCCACAACCUCCUGCAUCACAGUAUCCUAUCAUGAUGCAGCAGUAUCAGCAGGCUUUCUUGCAGCAGCAGAUGCUAGCUCACCAUCAGCAGCCAACUCAGCAAGUAUCACCUGAGUAUCUUACCUCCCCUCAAGAGUUCUCACCAGCCUUAGUUUCCUACGCCUCGUCACUUCCAGCUCAGGUUGGAACCAUAGUGGACUCCUCUUACAGUGCCAACAGGUCAGUUGCUGAGAAAGAGGCAGUUGCAAAUUUUACAAAUCAGAAGACCAACAGUCACCCUCCUGACAUGUCGGGCUGGAAUCCUUUUGGAGAAGACAAUUUUUCCAAGUUAACAGAAGAGGAACUGUUGGACAGAGAAUUUGACCUUCUAAGAUCAAACAGGCUCGGGGAGAGCACACCCUCAGAUAAGAAUGUAGACCUGCCCCCUGCCCUGCCCCCUGCUCCACACAGCUAUCCUCCGGAGGAGCCUUUUGCUUCCGUCCCUUUCAUUCCUCACUCAGGUUCUCCUGAAAAGAAAACGGAACAUUCUCCAAAUCAAAAAAAUACCACUGCAAACCCUACCAAAAAUGGAAGCUCAAGUCCAAUAUGCAAAGAUCAGCGAGCAGGAAAGAAAAGCUCAGAGAAUCCCGCAGUUAGGGGUCAAGUGCAAAAGGGAAAUGACGAUUCUGAAAGCGAUUUUGAAUCAGACCCCCCUUCUCCUAAGAGCAGUGAAGAAGAACAAGAGGAUGAAGACGCACAGGGAGAACAUGCGGACUUUAAUGAUGACGACACCGAGCCAGAGAACCUAGGUCACAGGCCUUUACUCAUGGACUCCGAAGAUGAAGAAGAGGAUGACAAACACAGCUCUGACUCAGAGUGUGAACAGACAAAAGCCAGGGGAGGAGACUCGAGCUCCCUGCGUAGAGACAAACCUGGCGGUGCCCCGAACACAGCACUCCUGACCCCUGCCCAUUCACCAGCUGAUGCUCUGACUCCCAGUCAGGAGUUCGAUGUGUUUGGUGCUGUUCCCUUCUUUGCAGUGCCUGCUCCACAGCUGCAGCACAGAGGGAAUGGGAAGAACCUCUCCCAGCAGGCAUUUCCAGAGCAGGAGGACUUCGACGUGUUUACAAAGGCACCCUUCAACAAGAAGGUCAACGUACAGGACUGGCCCGCAGUGGGGCCAGACACACAUCCUCUUCCUGCACGGCCCAGAAGUGUAGAUAUAUUUGGCUCCACUCCCUUUCAGCCAUUUUCCAUGUCAGCCAGUAAAAGUGAAAGCAAGGAGGAUGUUUUUGGGCUCGUGCCCUUUGAGGAAAUAACCGGGAGUCAGCAGCAGCAAAAAGUCAAGCAACGCAGCUUGCAGAAACUGUCCUCUCGCCAGAGACGCACAAAGCAGGAUGUAUCCAAAAGCAACGGGAAGCGCCAUCACGGCACGCCCACCAGCGCUAAGAAGACUCUGAAGCCUCCCUACCGCACGCCCGAGAGGACCCGCAGACACAAGAAGGUGGGCCGCAGAGACUCACAAAGCAGCAAUGAGUUUUUAACCAUUUCAGACUCCAAGGAGAACAUCAGCGUCGCGCUGACUGAUGGCAAAGACAGGGCCAGUGUCCUGCAACCUGACGAGAGUCUAUUGGACCCUUUUGGUGCCAAGCCUUUUCAUCCUCCAGACUUGUGGCACCAGUCCCAUCAGAGCCUAAGCGACAUCUGUGUUGAUCACAACACCAUUUUGCCUGGGAGGCCACGACAGAAUUCAGUACAUGGGUCAUUCCACAGUGCAGACGCAUUGAGAAUGGAUGACUUUGGUGCCGUGCCCUUCACAGAACUCGUGGUGCAAAGCGUCACUUCACAACAGUCCCAGUCGGUCGAACUAGACCCCUUUGGUGCUGCUCCAUUUCCUUCUAAACAGUAGAUCUUUCAGGGGGACUCAGCAAUAACUCCUGUUUCAAAAAAAGUAUGAGUAGUUUUAUGAAUCUGGAUGAAAACGUAUUUGUAUAGUUAUGUCAUUCACUCACACAGGUUAAUCAGGAUAGAUGAUUCUUAAAUAAACCAAAUGGAAUUACUUGUACAGGGUAGUAAGUUGAUGCCUUCUCCAACCAGGAGGAGGCCUAAAUCGAAAGCUCCAAGGGCUUUGGCUACUGACAGAGGGUCACUUGUGGGGCUUCCUGGGAAAGCUGGUGUGUAGCCGCCGAAGGACAGGGAAGCUUAUCACUUCGGAUGUCAAAAUGUCACCUAGGUGCAGACCCCAGAUCCAGCAUUGGAAGCCAGGCUGACUGAAUGUUUCCACCUAUGAGGAAACAGCAUAGGGUAUGCUCUUCCUACACUUCUCUGUAAGGUGGGGCCAGACAAAACUGACUAUUGUGCCUAAAAAAGUUUGCAUUUUAAAAAAAAAACAAGUGCCAUUAAUAAUGGACUCUGCAAUGAUAAGUAUAUGAAAUAAUGUAUAUAUAUAAAUUCACUUUAGCCCUUCUACCGGUGUAUAGGUCAAAACAUGUAUAUGAUAAUAUAUAUGCAGUUUUUAAUCUAUCAAAAAUAAAUUUUUACAAUGUGGAAUGCCUAGAACAAAAAUACAGAGAGAAAUAUCUGGCAUUUGAAAAAAUGUAAAAGAAUGAUACUUCAAAAAGAAAAGCAACAUUUGGUACUUCAGAAAUACUUUGUUUUUGAAUGGGUAGUUGCCAAAACCUUUAUUAUGUCCCUACUGAAGUACAUUGAUGGGGGGGCAGGUUAUAUAGAAAUUUAAUUUCAGAAACAAUGUAGCUGAAACUUUAAUUUGUAAAGAAGUUUACAAUGUAAAAUCAUGUUGCAUUUACUGACUUACUUUAUGACAGCCCCACCCUCAUCCAGCACUGGGGAGUCCUGGGCUGCAGUUCCUUCCUUCAGGGUUAGGGGGCGCCGUUCUACUACAGUGCUCCGACAGUGACAGCCAGUCCCUCUGCACUGGCAGCCAGACCCUCAGUGGAUGGAAGAACUAGAUGGUGGGACUGGGAGCUUAAUUCUGCCACCCGUUUGCAUCAAUAGUGAAAAGAACUAAGCUACCAAAUUGCCUUUUAAAAACUAUCACCAGUCAUAAUGAGAAACUUGAAAUUUUCUAGUUGUGAUUAGCGAUAGGCGUUCUAGAUCAGUUAAUGUGAAUGUCCGCGCUUCCUGUGUCUGUCUUAAGUUAUGAUUAGCUGUCUUUACAGAUGAACAUUUGAAGUUUCUACAUCAACAGCUAUUGCUAUUGAUUGCUAUAUUUUAAGUUAACUCUCUUUGCCCCCAGUUAGUGUAUCUUAAAGAGUAAUCUUAUUAAACCUCUUCAGUUUAGUGCCCUGAGAGGGGAAAUCAUUUGCCUGCUUUUAGAGCUCAGAACUUGGAAAGAAGCAAAAUACAUAACAAACCACUGUCCUUUUUGUGUUGUUUGUCUCCUCCUCUGUGGGCUCAGCCGGGGUAGUGUGGACAGGAGCAGGCCACAUCACACCGCCACCCAGAACCAGGCUGCACCACCUACUGUCCUUGUGCCAAAGGCAGAGACUAUGUUUGCACCUUUUUUUCUGGUUCUCAGGUUGAUUAACCUCUCUAAUGGGAAUGGUAUAGACCCUUUAAGCUACAAACAGAUUCAGUAAUACUUUCUUCCUAAAGUAAUGAUGAACUGAUGUGGUCUUCUGAGUUGUGAAUAUAAAAUCAGAGUUCCACUUGCCUUUCAAUGCACUGAAUAUGUGAUUUCACUGACACAGCCCCUUAGGCUUAUGCUAGACAAAGUCUUAGGAAACAACUCUGCCCCAGCUUAAAAUGUUUACAUUGCCUCGGACAGCCCAGCAGGUGAUGCUCCUCUUGAGACCAGCUCAUUGGACAGUGACUUAAUUGGAGGUCCAAUGGGCAGCUCCUUUGCGUUGCUGUUAAUGGCAUUUUCUCAAGAUGAGGAGACUCCAUUUAAAUGUCAUUGUCGCUAAUUUCCUUACAAGAGCUUGGCUCCCACGCACAGUGAGCACUUACCCAGCACCCACUGCAAGGCUUGGCUCUAUUAUGGGGCAGCCCAGUUCUGGUUUAAAGAAUGUCAUUUGGGUGUGCCCUGUGCUUCUAAGUAUGCAAAGCAGUUCUAACUAAACCUGUUGGACUUGAACAUCAAAGGGAAGUCACAUUAGGAAUCCAGCAAGAGAGUCUGAGGCCAGAGUUGUUAUCUUGAAGCUUUAACAGUGCUCAUUAACUUUGAAUCUGUUCUUAAAAAGUGGACCCUUUGCUUAACUUGGAUCACAUCUAUAAAAGGUUAGUAUUGCCAGAGAAUCUUUUAGGGCAUUGAAAAAAAUGGAUCUACUAAGGCACAGAGGUUGCUUGGUAUGGAGCUGGAGAAAAGGUCUACUCCACGCUGGGUGAGAAUGGAACUGACUAGAAUAUUAAGCACUGAGUGCUCCUCCCCUGGGCACUUAGGGAGUCACUUGGCCUUCAGAUCUGUGCACUUUGCAGUCAGUCCUCCCCUGAUAACAGGGGCUGACUGCUCUCCUCUUCCUGGUAGAGAAUACUAAGGUGGAGCCCACCUACUCUGGUGCGCCUCUCAGUUGGGUCAUCCAGGUCUGGGUACUUCACUUAAGCAUUGCUAGAAGGUACACAUGCAUUAGACUCACGACUUAUGGGGAGUUUGGAUAUAUUUAAUACUUGUAGAAUGCAUAGUGAACUCUGUCAUUUUUUCUUUUAUUUUUAAGCAAAACUAGUCAUCAAUUUAUGUCCAGUUACUGAGCUGACAGUCUACUGUGAGGAGAUGAUGUGUCUACUGAGAGAGUAACAAAUGACUGUUGGAAAAAGUUAUACUCAGUGGUGUUUUCUACUAAGAUAAAAAGACACAUGCACACCAUGGCUGUCUAUUACGGACUUAAUGUGAAUUUAGAAAGGCAAUCUGUUUUGUUUUGUUUUGUUUUUUUAAAGAGCAUUCACUUCUAGUGAGGGAGUUUUAAAAAGCCACUAAAAGGAAGAAGUAGAUGAAAAUACAGAGGGCUGGGUCUGGUUUAGGUUUUUAGUCUUGUUUUUUUGUUUUUAAUUUUUAAAAUUCACAGUGCUACUUUCAGGAAAACUGAUUUUAUUACUAUGUUCUUUUUUGGGACUGAAAGGUUAUCCUAUUAAUAGAAGGAGUAGUAGCCACUUGUUCUUUCUUUUGUGGUGCUGGGAACUGAACCCAGGGCCUUGCACAAGCUAGGCAAGCGCUUUAGGGCUUUCAGCCUUCCAGCCUGGAAGAUCCCUUUUAAUUGCUGGCAAACAGCUUUAAGUGCACUUUCUUUGAUUACACUUCCAUGUUUUUGUUAAACUUGAAUUUUCUGAAGCCUUUUAUGUACCACUAAGCAAAUAACUUUAAUCUUUAAGUAAACCGGGUUUAUAUCCUUAGUUAUAUUUCUAAUUGUUAUAAAACAUACUUGCUAAAGUAACUUAAGCCCUCAAAUGUAGCUGGGAGAUGUUUGAAAUAGAAUUCAGUUGCUUUCCCUGUACCCAGUAAAGCACUAAUUUUAUUACCUUAUUGCCUUUACAUUGCUUAGUCUUGAAUUCUGUUCACUAUUUUGUUUGAGAUUUAAAGUUAUUUUCUUACUGUAUUUAUCAUACUGUUUUAAUAAUCUGCCUUCUUUAAAUGCAAUAAAUCCCAAAUGGAUUGCUUAUUCUUUAUAAUCAAUGCCUUUGGAGUUUUUUUAUUAUUAUUUGUAUCAUUAAAAGUUUCAUUACAAA